AUUUUCAGCUGGAAAAUAUUUGAAAUAGGAUAAUCCAAUGAGGGCAUUUUGGAACACUUUUCGGGAAGACGGGUGGAAAUGUGGAGGAAAACUUAUUUGCUAACAUACUGCUUUGCAGGCUGCUGUUCGUUGUCGACGCGAUGCGGUUUACCUAUAGACGGUGAGGCCGUUACUAGGUCGUGUGGUACGCCGUCACCGGAUGGGGACUUGACUAAGGGACCGCCGGCGGCUAUUACCGACGACAGCGGCAGCUCUUUACAUUUCGUGUCACAUGGUGGUUACGUACUGUUUUUCGUUUUGGGGAUCCUACUUAUGUUUGUGCCCGUGAUUAUUCACCUGUGCUGGAAGCGUAAAAUAGCCCAGAAAAAUCAGCGAGCGAUCACGGCUGCGCGCGAAAUGAUGGAACGCCAAAUGCAAGAGAUGAACAUUCAUCAUAUCUUCUCUAUAACAUACGGCGCUGUUGAACCUUGCGAUGGCCCUCCCACGUACGAGCAGACUCUUGCCGAUCCAGACAUGGGGAAACCUCCCCUGUAUGACGACUUACCACCAUUGUACAACGAGGCUAUGAAGUUCAACCAAACUGGCGGACAACAGCCAUCUACAACUCGACACACUUGACGUCGUAAAAAUCAGCACGAUGGUUUAAGUUUAAAAAUACUUAACAAACACAUUAUCAGCAUGUAAAUGUAUGCACUUUAGUAUCUUGAUGCAUUUAACGUCACCAUAUUUACGGACCUUUUUCUGCAAACCAACAACAACCCAAAAGCAUUUAAGACUUUGGUCGAGUAUAAAACACUAACUGUGUUACUGUACCUCGAUUAUACGUGUCUUAUAAUAAUAUUUAUCCCCAAGUGUU